GAAGACUAUUUGUUAAAAUAUAAACGAAUUGACCGUGGUCAAUACUCAAUAUGUUGCAGCUGGGGAAAUUACUAGUAACUUACAUUAAUGUUGAUUACAUUAAUUAGCCAGAGUUUAGUAGUAGAAUUAAGCUUUGUUCACCUUAUAAAUGGUACAAAUUUUUGCAAUGCAACCUUGUAAUUCUUCUCUCUAAAAUUUUAGCCCCGUCUUUCUGCAUAGUUAAGAAAUUUGGAAAUGAGAGGUUCAAUAAUUCACUGUUAUAGUAUAAAGUUUGUGUUUCAAUUUUUUGUUUCCUUGGUUUUUUUCCUAAACCAUGUCGAAUCAAUUUUCUUCAACUUCUCUAGUUUCGACCAAGAUAGUUUUCGAAAUAUUACCUACAAGAAUGAUUCACAUAUUGAAGAUGGGGUGAUUCAGUUGACGAAGAGCACAUCGGGUUCUAAUCUUCAAGCAAGUGCAGGACGAGCAUCCUAUAAUCAGCCUGUUCGUCUCUGGGAUAAAGAAACCAGCAAGAAAACAGACUUUACCACCCACUUUUCAUUCCAAAUCAAUUCAGCAGACAGUACUAUUUAUUUUGGUGAUGGUAUGACUUUUUUCAUAGCGCCUUUUGAUGAUUCUACAGAGUAUGCUCCAGAGAAUUCAUUUGGUAGGUGUCUUGGUUUGGUUGUGGCUGUCAAUGUUACCAGUAAAUAUCGAUUUGUUGCUGUCGAAUUUGACACCUUCAAGAAUUGGUUUGAUCCGAUUGGUGAUCAUUUGGGUAUUGAUGAUACUUCUGUAGUUUCUGAGGUUAAUAUUACAGUGGAUGGGGGCCUGAGAAACAGGUCUACAGCAAAUUCUUGGAUAACUUAUAAUUCUGUAACUAAGAAUCUGAGUGUUUUCUUAACUUAUGAUGAUCAUCCUGUGUAUAACGGGGAAUCUAGCCUUUCGCAUAUCAUUGACUUAAGCUCCAUUCUUCCGGAAACAGUCAGAGUUGGGUUCACGGCUUCAACUGGUGCAAAUGUUGAACUUCAUAGCAUCCUUUCUUGGGACUUCAACUCAACCUUAGAAGAUACAUAUAUCAGUGUACCAUGGCAAAAUCACACAACUGCGACAAGCAGCCAGAGUAAUAGCAAAGCAGCAAUGAUUGGUGGCAUUGUAGCUGGAAUUAGUGUCUUAAUAACUGGAUUAGGCUCAGUUGUGUUUAUGUGGGGGCGGAGGAGAUCAAGGGGAAAAAACGACAACAUGAAUUUUGAUCAGGAUACUGGGCCAAGGAGGUUCACUUACAAUGAACUUAUUCGUGCUACUAGCAACUUUCUCGAGGAAGGGAAGUUAGGACAGGGAGGUUUUGGAGGCGUGUAUAAAGGUUUUUUGUUUGAUCUAAGUCGGAUUAUUGCAGUCAAGAAGAUAUCAAAGGGAUCUAAACAAGGGGAAAAGGAGUAUGUAUCAGAGGUGAAGGUUAUCAGUCGUCUAAGGCAUAAAAAUUUGGUUCAACUUCUUGGUUGGUGCCAUGAGAAAAAGGAAUUGCUUCUUGUUUAUGAAUUUAUGCCUAAUGGAAGUCUUGACUCCCAUAUUUUUGCAGGCAAGAGGACGACGGUCUUACCAUGGGCAGACAGGUACAAAAUUGCAUAUGGCUUGGCAUCCGCCUUGCUAUACCUCCACGAAGAAUGGGAGCAAUGUGUGCUGCAUAGAGAUAUCAAGUCUAGCAAUGUCAUGCUUGAUUCUAAUUUCAAUGCUAAGCUUGGAGAUUUUGGGCUUGCUAGGCUCGUAGACCACAGUCUAGGAGCACAAACAACUGUAUUGGCUGGCACUUUAGGCUACCUAGCACCAGAGUGUGUUAUGACUGGAAAAUCCAGCAGAGAAUCUGAUGUCUACAGUUUUGGGGUGGUGGCCCUUGAAAUUGCAUGUGGAAGAAGGGCUAUUGAACCAGAAGAGCCUACUAACCGGAGUCUGAUUGAGUGGGUGUGGCAGCUCUAUGGAGAAGGCCGUCUUCUUGAUGCAGCUGAUCAAACACUCGAAGGAGCAUUUGACAUUCAAGAAAUGGAAUGCUUGAUGAUUGUUGGGUUGUCGUGUUGCCAUCCUGAAGACACUUUACGUCCUACUGUAAGAAAGGUUAUAAAUGUUCUUAACAAGGAGUCUUCUUUGUCUAUCUUGCUUACCAGCCUCUCGGCUCCCACCUAUAGCACUCCGCCAACAUAUGUAGAGCCGCUUCCUCCCCUGGGUUAAAAGGCAGCAGUACUGCUGGCACCACAACCUCCUCAUCAGCACAUCCACUUGUUUCUGGUGCUACUCCUUUGAUGGUAGAUUAUGCAACAGUCUGGUAUUUGUUUCAAUGAAUUAGAGUUAGUCAUUUGUUAAUUUUUUAAAUUUCAAACAAGAUCGAAUUUUUGUCAGAUUUCUUUCUGCAGUUCCAUUUUGCUGCAAUUAAAAUUCAUGAAGAAAUGAAGACUGUAAACACCCAUUAAGGUGUUUUUUUUCUCAA